GGGGGUAAAGUGACAGGAGUAACGGUGUCGAUGCAGCAUGAACUGGAGCCACAAUACGGAAAGAUGUACGCUGUGAGUUACCUUAUCGACAACAAGGACCCCGGUAUGUACUCCAGACACCCCAGUCUAAAUUUAAAUCACCAGAACUUCGUGCCAACACCUCCCCAGUACUCGGACUUUACAGGAUACCACCACGUACCUGGGAUUAACAAUGACCCGCACCACAGUCAGGCCGGAACCUGGAGCCCGGCUUAUCCACCGCCACGGGAAGAGUGGCCCACAUAUGGGCCGGGGUCAGCGGCCUCAACUUCGAACCCGGGUCAAAUCAGUUUCAAUCCCCCCGAGUUUUCACCUGUGCAGCCGUCCAGUCUUCUGCCCCCCAUCAACACCAGCGUCGGGCAGCUUUCUCCAAACUCGCAGCGCAGGAAUCCCUAUGACUGGAUGAGGCGCAGCGCACCACCGACUAAUCCAGGGGGCAAGACGCGGACGAAAGACAAGUACCGGGUGGUGUACACGGAUCACCAGCGGCUGGAGCUGGAGAAGGAGUUCCACUACAGCCGCUACAUCACCAUACGCAGGAAAGCAGAGCUGGCCACCGCACUCAGCCUCUCAGAACGACAGGUAAAAAUCUGGUUCCAGAAUCGGCGCGCGAAAGAGCGUAAGAUGAACAAGAAGAAGAUGCAGCAGUCUCAGCCGGCCUCCACCACCACACCCACCCCACCCGGCUCCACCAUGCCAACCCCACCCGGCUCCACCAUGACUGGCAACAUCGCCAUGGUUACCAGCAGUAGCGGAGGCCUGGUGUCGCCCUCCAUGCCCAUGUCAGUCAAGGAGGAAUACUGACUGACUGGAGAGUGGCGGAGAGAAAACGAGAGAGAGAGAGAAAGAGAGAGCUUUUUUUGUUUUUCAAAAUGGCCGACUGUUAAGUCUUUUGACCAGAGCCACCCAACAACAGAGACUCUAUGAAGCAAGGACAACAGCUGUACCUGGGUACUUCAAAGGAGCACCCGGGGUUUAAAAAGGACUGCUUGCGUCAAAAGAUAUUUGAAGAGUUGCUGCUUUCUGCGCUUUUGUAAAAAGGAAUCUUUUUAAAAAAGAAAACAUAAUGAAGAGAUUAACAAAGAUAUGAAUAUAUAUAAAUAUUAAAACUUGUGUUGUUUCUGUAAUGUUGUUAUGGCUAUGUUUGUUACCACUUGCUCUGCGAACACUAGAAAGUCUGAUAGAUAAGGCUUUACAAUACCUGUUCAUGGUUGUAAUUUGAUGUGUGAACUUAAAUAAGUUGUAUAUUUGCAAUGGAAUUUGUAUUAAAAAGAUUUAUUGUCAACUUUC